GAGAAAGUCCAGACUUGUGAGGACUCCGGAAGGUGCUACAUCAGCUGGUGAAGGACCUGGAGGAAAGUUGACCUGGUGGGACAUCUCAGAUAUUUGAAAGACUUCUGUGAAUGUCACAUUGCCGCGUAGUAUGAUGUCAAGAAAUCAUUUGGAGGCAUCUACUUAUAAAAUGACAGAGCCAUUUAAUUUUGAGAAAAAUGAAAACAAGCUUCCACCAUGUGAUUCUUUAAGAAGUCCUGGAGGACAUGCUAACCACCCUAACUUCCGGUUGAAAAGUCCAGAGAAUGGAAAUAAAAAGAACAAUUUUUUGCUUAGUGAGCAAACCAAACAGUAUUUGGCUAGUCAGGAAGACAAUUCAGUGUCUUCAAACUCUAAUAGCCUCAGCAGAGAGGUGACUGGAUCCAAAGGAGACAGGAAAACGUUGCCAACAGGAAACUCAGUGUCACCAUUAAAUGUUGCAAACAAUUCACCACCCAAAGAAAAGCCUAGCAAUAAUGUGCCUCCUGCAAAGUCAAAAAAAAUGCACAAGUUGGUUGGGAAUUCCUUGUCCAUAAAUAAUUCAGCACUCUUCAGAUCCUUAGGACCUCCUUUUCGAUCAACAACUUGCCAUCGAUGUGGCCUGUUUGGGUCGCUGAGGUGCUCACAGUGUAAGCAGACGUACUACUGCUCCACAGCAUGCCAGAGAAGGGACUGGUCAGCACACAGCAUCGUGUGCAAACCCGUUCAGUACAAUUUCUACAAACGUGAAGAUAGUAAAUCACCUUUUGAAACUAAGAACAUGGAAGUGAAAAAUGAGGGUCACUACCCUCUUGGACUUACUAAAGAAAUAGCCACUUGUGCUGAUAAAAUAAUGUUUUCUGAUUUGAGAAGUCUACAACUCAGGAAAACCAUGGAGAUAAAGGGUACAGUUACUGAAUUCAAGCACCCGAGUGACUUUUAUGUGCAGUUAUAUUCUUCAGAAGUUUUGGAAUACAUGAACCAACUUUCCACGUGCUUAAAGGAAACCUAUGCAAAUGCGGUGCAUGAAGAGGAUUAUAUUCCUGUUAAGGGGGAAGUUUGUGUUGCCAAGUACACUGUUGACCAGACCUGGAACAGAGUAAUAAUACGAGAUGUUGAUAUGCUGCAGAAGAAGGCACAAGUCUUAUAUAUUGAUUAUGGAAAUGAAGAAAUAAUUCCAGUAAACAGAAUUCACCAACUCAAUAGAAACAUCGACUUAUUUCCUCCAUGUGCCAUAAAGUGCUUUGUGGCCAGUGUUACCCCAGCAGAGGGGAAUUGGAGCAAUGAAUGUAUCAAAACUAUUAAAUCACUGUUAAUGGAGCAGUACUGCUCUAUAAAGAUUGUCGACAUCUUAAAAGAAGAGGUAGUUACCUUUGCUGUGGAUGUUAUGCUGCCAAGUUCAGGAAAACUCUUAGACGAUGUGCUCAUAGAAAUGGGAUAUGGCUUGAAACCCGAAGGACAAAAUUCUAAGAAACAGAGUGCAGAUCCAGGUGAUGUUGAAGAUGUUGGAAAAAUGACAGCUGAAAACAAAGUUGUUGUAGACAGAAGUGAUCUGAUCCCCAAAGUGUUAACUGUGAAUGUAGGCGAUGAGUUCUGUGGUGUGGUUGCUCACAUUCAGACCCCAGAAGACUUCUUUUGUCAACAGCUACAAAGUGGACAUAAGCUUGCUGAACUUCAGGCGUCCCUUAGUGAGUACUGUGGUCAAGUGCCUCCACGCUCAGAUUUUUAUCCAACCAUUGGUGAUAUCUGUUGUGCACAGUUCUCAGAGGAUGAUCAGUGGUACCGGGCCUCCGUUUUAGCUUAUGCUUCUGAGCAGUCUGUACUGGUCGGAUAUGUAGAUUAUGGAAACUUUGAAAUCCUUAGUUUGACGAGACUUUGUCCCAUAACUCCAAAGUUGUUGGAAUUGCCAAUGCAAGCUAUAAAGUGUGUGCUGGCAGGAGUAAAGCCAUCAUUAGGAAUUUGGACUCCAGAAGCUAUUAGUCUGAUGAAAAAAAUUGUACAGAACAAAAUGAUCACGGUGAAAGUGGCAGACAAGUUGGAAAAUAGUUCCCUGGUGGAGCUUCUAGAUAAAUCUGUGACACCUCACAUCAGUGUUACCCAAGUUCUCAUAGAUGCCGGCUUUGCUGUGGGGGAGACAGGGGUGCUGACGGAUAAACCCAGCAUCGUGAAAGAAGCCAGUGUUCCCUUAGGUGUAGAAGCAAAACUAAAUCCACUGGAGUGGACAUGGGUUGAACUUACUGUUGACCAAACAGUAGAUGUUGUGGUCUGCAUGAUAUAUAGUCCUGGAGAAUUUUAUUGCCAUGUGCUUAAAGAGGAUGCUUUAAAGAAACUCAAUGAUUUGAAUAAGUCGUUAGCAGAAUAUUGCCAGCAGAAGGUGCCCAAUGAUUUUAAAGCAGAAAUAGGGCAACUGUGUUGUGCUCCUUUUGCAGGUGAUGGUAAUUGGUAUCGUGCAUUAGUCAAGGAAAUCUUGCCAGCUGGAAAUGUUAAAGUCCAUUUUGUGGAUUAUGGGAACAUGGAAGAAGUUACUGCAGAUGAACUCCAAAUGAUCCCAUCAAAAUUUUUAGAACUUCCGUGUCAAGGGAUACGGUGCUGGUUAGCAGAUAUAGAGCCGAAAAACAGACACUGGACUAAAGAAGCCAUCACAAGAUUUCAGAUGUGUGUUGCAGGGAUAAAACUCCAAGCCCGAGUGGUUGAAAUCACUGGACAGGGAGUGGGAAUUGAGCUCACCGAUGUCUCCACUUCUUACCCCAGAAUAAUCAGUGAUGUUCUGAUUGAAGAACAUCUAGUCUUAAAAACUAGUCCGCCAUGUAAAGGCUUGAGAAGUAAUAGGCCUGUUAAUAAACAUGAUCUUCAAAUUGAUGCCCUGGGGCUUCAAGCCAUGUCUUCAGCUGAGCAGUGGAGGACAAUAGAAUUGCCAGUUAAUAAAACUGUGCAAGCAACUGUAUUAGAAAUCAUAAACCCAUACUUGUUUUAUGCUCUACCAAAUGAGAUGCCAGAAAAUCAGGAAAGACUGUGUGUGUUGACAGCUGAAUUGGGAGAAUAUUGCAGUGCUCAGAAUAGUCGAUUGUCUUACCGACCGAAAAUUGGAGAUGUGUGCUGUGCCAGAUACACAAAUGAUGACUUCUGGUACCGUGCCAUUGUUCUGGGGACAUCAGAUGCUUAUGUGAAAGUGCUCUAUGUAGACUAUGGAAACAUUGAAACUCUGCCUUUUUCCAGAGUGCAGCCAAUUUCCACCAGCCACCUGGAGCUUCCUUUCCAAAUUAUUAAAUGUUCACUUGAAGGACUAAUAGAAUUGAAUGGAAACUGCUCGCAGUUAGUGAUAGAACUACUAAAAAAUUUCAUGCUGAAUCAGAGUGUAAUGCUUUCCGUAAAAGGAAUUACCAACAAUGUCCAUAUGGUGUCAGUUGAGAAAUGCUGUGAAAAUGGUACUGUCAGUAUAGCUGAUAAGCUGGUGACUUACGGCCUGGCAAAAAACAUCACACCUAAAAAGCAAAGUGCUUUAAAUACAGAAAAGACAUGUAGGAUGAAUUGCUGUUGCACAGAGUUACGGAAACAGGUUGAAAAACAUGAACAGAUUCUUCUCUUCCUCUUAAACAAUCCAACCAAUCAAAAUAAAUUUAUUGAAAUGAAAAAAUUGUUGAGAAGUUAAGUAAGUUAAAUUUGAUGUUUUCACCACUUCCGUCACCACCAACGGGACAUCUCAAGGCAUGUCAGGGUAGAACUCAUGGCAUGAACCACGUCAUGAGGCUAUUCUUCAUUUUGUGACCUAAUGAUUUGAGGUCUGGUUGUAAUGUGUUUGUUGCCUUGCCAAGUUUUAUUUGCUGAUCUGAAGUUGGCCGUUAAUGGGACUGAGUCCAGGGGUGUUCACGUUGUAACCACUCACUGUUGUUCAGUUCCGAAUGCUUACAUUAUUGAUGGCGGGGAGGGACUUGUAAAAAUUGUUGUGAGGUAAAGCUUUACCUCAGAUUCUUUGUGUCUUAGGGGUGAAAUUAACUCUCACUUGGGCAUGUUGCGGUAAAAAUGUUCAGCAUUUUUUGUGAAGAGGUUUUAAAGGGCCAAGAAUGGAAAAUGGGCUUCACUGAUAGUGUAUUUCAUUUCAAAACAAAGCCUACUCCUUGGUGGUGAUUCUAGUGUGUAACAAUGAUAAUUGGUGAGUUUGGAACAACAGUUUCCCCACAUUGAUUGAUUGAUUGAUUGAUUUUUAUUAUUAUUAUUAUUUUUUUUUGGUCUGGGAUGCUUUGUUCGAAGGUAGCCCUCAGAAGUACCUUGUGAUCAGAGGUCAGUUAGAAUUUCUGAUUAAAAUGAAAUUGUCUUUCCUACUAAUUCCAGCCAAAAGCAAAGGGUCUCUGACUCCGUGCACUCUUGUCGGCUACAGCACAGCCUGGGUCAGACCUUUUUGCAAGUAGCUCACGGGAUGGUACCUCUGAGCGCCUGGUGAUUGUCCGUGAGUUCACGUGCUCUCUCCUUCUCCGUGUGGGAAGGUACAGUUAUUUUGUUUCUGCUCCUAAGAAAGUACAGCUGAAUUCUGAGUGGAGUGUCAUCGCUGCUAGAGCAAUAGUUUUGUCUCCUGGUUGAUUUUCUAAUCAGUUGUGAGUUAUUUCUAAUAAAUGCUCAUCUGCCAUUGCAGUUACAGCCUUCAGUCCUUUCUGAUGCCCUCGCUUUCAGUAUUGACUACUGUCGUGUGUGCUUGAGUCUAAGAUCUUAAGUUAAAAAAAAAUGUAAAGUCAAAUCUUAAAUUUCCUGAUAAUUUUGUAGGGUAACGGACAUGCAGUGACAUGGACUUCUGGAAUUCAGUCCUAGCACCAAAUCAUCUCAUUUUUACCUGUGUAAUAGGCUUUUUUUGUAAGGAUAUUGAGAGUGCUAACUCGCACGAGAUGAAAGUUCUAUUUUCUCUUGUUUCUACAUAGAUUGAAGACAUUGUUUAAAAAAAACCAAAAAACAAGAUGUGAUUUAAAGACUAGUAGUUGAACUAGCUUUUCCUUUACUGUGGAAUAAAUAUGUAUUUUUAUCUACAUUUUGAAUAUAGUAUAAUGCCUUAUGUAUUAUUUAAAAAGCACUUGAACAUCUAGUCGCAUACGUAAUCGUUACAGUAGUCCUGGAAAGAGAGUAAGACCCCACUUUAUAGAUGAGGCCAAGGCUCAAAGAGGUUAAAUGGCUGCACUGGAUACACACAAAACCAGGCCUUAGGCUCAAAGCUGAACCCUCUCUGCUGCUCCUUGCUGCUUACUGUCUGCUGUGCUGCAGUGUCCUUAGAUUCAGUCAGUUUUGAAGGACAUGAGACUGAGGAGUUAUAUCAGAAGAAAUUACAGGAUACCCUG